AUGAUGCCUUGCUGGCCGCCUUUUCCGCCGUUCGGACCACCAGGGUGCGGACCUCCGACACCGGGAUGCGGACUACCCCCAGGGUGCUGGCCGCCAGGUCAACCACCACCAGGCUCCAUGCCACCGGGCUGGCCACUUGGUCCACCACCUCCUGGCUCUGUGCCACCGAGAUUCCCUGGCUGGCCUUCUGGUCCGUCACCACCUGGCUGCAUGCCACCAGGAUGGCUACAGCAACAAGGUGACCCUGGUAACUCAGAAACGCCAGAUCCUCCCAAACCGCCACAAAAUCCACAGAUCCUCCGAUCUCCCCCUGGACUUGAUGGUUCUAAUGUAGUGAAACCUCCAACAGGUCCAGUUCCUGGUAGUGGCAAUAAUGAAGUGAAACCUCCAACUGGUCCGAAUCCUGGCGCAGAAUCUGAUCCGCCACUCUACUAG